UAGUCUAGUCCACUGUAGAGAAGCAUCUUAUCAAGUGUUGAGCCUUGUAUAAGAAUAGCUAAAAAGAGUGAGAAAAGUCUCAACUUGCAAUCGUAUAAUUUUAUUGCGAAAUAUCCCGCUUGUGACCUUUAAUCGAACGAUACGCGCGCAUGAAAACAUGGAAAAUCACACCCGAGCACUAUUCAUCGUAGGCCGAAUUUACCAUGAUAGAUGUCGUUGAAAAUUUUCCUCUGCAUAUAUUGUGUAAGAAUCGAUUAGCUAAUUUUUUUUUUUUGCUGCAAGUGCGAACGUGACUUGCGGAGAAAAGUCAUUUUCUUCUCGGUGCAUGAAUGAACAGAAUGAUCUGCGAGAGCUGUAUUUUGCCAUUUUAGUGCAGAAUUGAGGUGGUGAUGUUUUAAUUUACCUGUGAAUUGAUGGAAAAAGUUGCCCCUCUUUGGCCACCGAAUUUUCACAACCCCUCGAGAGCGCCGCAAACACACCCCAGCGGCAUAUGCUGGAAAUAGUGAGCAUAAAAAUUUCAUGCUUUCUGAAGUGCCGAGGAUUCGCAGUUAAAUCAUUUUUUUUUCCCUUCCUCUUGCCUCGAGGCCGAAUAUCAAUUCUAGGAUUUUCGCAGUGUGUGUCACAAAGAAAAGACAUUUGGAAGAGGAAGUUUAAUGUGAUCAAAAAUAAAUUGAUUAUAUCACAAUGUGUAAAUUAGUAAUUGAUAAGAGGAUGAGCUUCCGUUACGUAAUCUGUUGCACUGCAAUUUAAAGAAUUUACCCGCAUGUUUGGGGGUGGGAAAUGAAAAGAACGAAGGAAGUGGUUUCAAUGGUCAAGUGACACUGUGGCUGAAUUCCAUGUGCAGAUUCAAUUGGUAGCAGAAAUCUUUUGAAUGCAGUCCGUGCCAGCAAAUCACCGUGAUUUCAGCGUAAAAAGCUUAAGUUUUAAAUGUAAAAAAGGUGGUAUUCGAGAGCACGUGAAUGGCUCAAUGUGAGUUAUGCAAUAAUACAACGACUGCCACAUUAUUUGACUGCGACAGUGGCGACAUCAAUUGAUGCUCCCCACUUACAGUGCGGUGCCUAUGUUUGUGAUCCCCACCAUAUCGACUGAGUUGGAUGCCGGUGUAGGGCAAAAAGAGAUAAAUAUCCGUGAGUGAGACGAAAAUAGCCGGUUGCGGCUGGCAAGCGCGCUUCCAAGUGCCGGGUAGUGUGUGAAGAAGAGGGACACCAGUGAAGAUAGCCAGUGAAGGAACAGCACAAAUCCACCGUCGCAGGACGACAGCGGACAAUCACAUCAAGGAGGAAAACUCGAGGGAUUUUCCACCAGGCGACAGAGAGUGUGUAGAGGAGUAAGAUGGGAAAGAAGGGGACAAAGAAGAAGACCAAAUGGCAUUCGCUCCCAAUGGAGGACACCGCCAGCACUCCACAGAGUGCAGUUACACAUGGACUCCAUCGAGACCAAACACUAGCGGGAAAGCCGUUCUCAGUGUGGCGUCUGCCACCUACUAAAUCAUCAUCAGUAUCGUCACUGAUGUCCAACGAGACAAAUGCGGAUGGAUCACACAAAGCACAGGCCGAGAUAUCAAGCAAUACGCCGGCCAAUGGGCACUGUAACAACAGUGAUCAUCUGUCUCGUGCGCCGAAUCAUCGCAGACGCAAUUAUCAGGCGAAUUCCUAUCACGGUGCUGGAAGGCACGUCGGCCACAGAGCAUCAUACUUUGCCAACAACAGCAAAAGCGCGUAUUCUAAGCCAACAUUCAAUGAAGAUGAAUACACGCGAAUAACCACACCGCGUCAGGAUGUGCUCUUCAAGAAGGGAUACUUGACGCGCCCCAAGAACAACAUGUCGUCAAUUGCAACAAAUGACUCAAUCGCCACUCCGUCGUCUUCAGGAACAGUCAGUGUCAACUCCAUGGACGAUUCCGCCACACCGAGCACACAAUCCGUCAGUCCGGAGCAUUGCAACAGUGUGUCAGAGGCGUCAGAAGGAGAAUAUCCUUCGAUUGUCUAUCCGGGAUUUUUGGAUCAAAAUGGAAUUUUAUACGUCAACCCCUUCCCAACCUUUGAUCCUUACGUGAAUGGCCAAAUCAUGAUGAUGCCGUACGCUGUGAACAAUAUGGGGUCAAUGGACUUGUACAGCGCACCAAUGACCCCUUAUGAUGCUCCCUGCUCAUCUGUUGACUCUCAAAUAACCUCACCGGACACUGCAAGUCUGCACAAUGAGGAAAUAGGAGCAGAAGCACCACAAGUUGCCGAUGACAGCAAUGAUGCGGCGGCAACGGCGGCGGCGGCGGCGGCAGAGGGUGAAGAUGGAGCCAGAGGCUCUCAUCUCAAUCCCGAUUCGAUUAACUUCUAUCCACAAUUGCUCCCACCUUUCCCCCAACCACCGAAUGCCUUCUUCUACACUCCCUAUCUAAUUGACUCUCCACCGAUGAUGCCCAUCUGCGAUGAUCCCUGCGACCAGGUUCAGGACGAGAGGAUGAAGAGAGAUGGAGUGGAUGAAAAUUUGUCUGGCCUCACGUCUGAGGAUGAGGAGGAGACGUACAACGAAGGGAAAGUCGCAGAUCAUCAGAUUCCACCUGAAUCCCAAACUGACAUUGAGGAUCACCAAGAAAUUCACAAAACACUGCGAAUACCACAAGAGAGUGUGGUGAAGAGUACAUUAAAUGUGGAGGUGAAGGAGUUUCAUCCGAGAAAAUACAGCAGUAUAAAUCAGUGUGAGGAUGAUAAGAAGGAGAUUGAGACGAGUGAAAAUGCAAAGGAUAAGAAGAUUGGCAAGAAAGAGAGCGCGAACAAGAAGAGGCAACAAAAUCAACCGUACAGUCAACUGGUGAACAACAGAAAACUGCUUCAGGAAGCCACAAAGUCUAUUCAGGAACAAAAUAUUGAUCUGCUGAAGAAUAACUCCGCCGCUCAUGCCAACUCAGCGGCGGCCGGAGAGACCAAGUGGCAGACUAUUGUCAAGCCACGAGGCAGGAAGGGCAGAUCGGUGGCGAUUGAAGAUGAGGAGGGCGAUGAAGAUUGCCCUGGUGAUCUGGAAAAGACAGAUGGGCAGGACGAAGUGGAGAAUACAGUGAAAUCCUCUGACACGCCCGUGCAGUUGUCUCCAAUGCAUGGCAAGAGCUCAAAUAAGAAAUCAUCCAAAGGCAAGAAAAAGCUGGUAUCGAAGAAGAACAAGAAGCAGAGGAAUUGCGCGGGUUUUGAAGUGAUUGAGCCAGAUUUUGGGCGCAUUGUCCACAAUAAAAAGACUGAAAUAACUCACCUGAUCGAGAAUGAGCAAGAAGAGGAUUCAGAUGUUGAUGAAAUUGGUGCUAAUGUUAAUGAGAAAGACAGUGAAGUAUUGGAAGACAAUGUUAUUGAUGUUUGUAACGAUGAAGAGUGUCGUGAGCUCGAGUCUGAGCUGCUGCACAUCGAGAGCAUAUUGAUGUUAAAGGAGGAAGAGGAGGAGGAAAUUGAGGAAUCAGGUGAUUGUGAAAUUCUAUGUGACGCAAUGGCAAUAUCCGCAGAGUGUGAAGAAGUGGCAGAAGAUGCUCAUUCUCAGAUUUGUGAUGAUGACGAGAAGACAGAGGAGAAUCCAUGUGAGGUUGCAAUUGAGUAUUCUGGAGGUGAAAUAUUGUGCGAUGAUCAUCACACAGAGAGCGCCGAAGAUGGGGCGCUUGAGGAGUCGCAGGAGGCAGAAGGAGCAGGUGAAGAAGAGGUGCAAGAGGAUUGUGGGGCAGAGAAGGUAUCUCUCCUUGAUAUUGUCACUCAGUGGCUGGAUGAGAAGUAUCGCACGAAUUGCACAGACGAUCUCUUCAGAUUGCCGGACAAUCCUGCUGUUCUGCAGCGACUCUACGAGACCACCUUGGGCGACAUGGGCAGCAGAAGCAGCAGCAGCGAGAGUGACUCCGAAGAGGACACGUGCUUGUUUGACUUGUCCGCCCAGUCGCCUGGUCAGCUGAAGAAUCAGGUGAGUCUCUCGGAGGAUGACUCAAUUGACACGGACAGUGACUAUCAGAGCGAUGGUCAGGCGAAGAAUAAGCGAAUGACAUCGAUUUCAUCAUCAGAAUCGCUUUCACUUGGACAACAAUCGCGUGCUGGAGAGGAUUCUCAGCCCAAAGAGAAAGUGACAGAAGAACUGAUAAAAGGAUCUCCAACAUUAACAGUAACCUCGAUAAAUUCACUUAAUUGUAGCAACUCUGCCAUUAGUGAUAGUACACACGAUACGACGCUUCACGAUAAACCAUACACUAAGUCACCCGUUUUGUGCAUUCUUAUGUAAAGAUAAAGAUUCACUAAAUCUGCAUAAUAAUUAAACAAUUAGUUAUUAGUCAUGUUGAAAAAGGCAAAUAUAAGUGGUUAAGAGAAACCAAAAAUAAAAUUCAAAAUCGUGAAUAGGCAUAAACAAUAAAUAUAGGAAGAAGUUUGGCGGCAAUAAUAACAAUCUAUUCAGCGAAAACGAGAUAUCUUUAAAACAUUUUGUUAAUUAUAUUUAGCCAAAAAAAAAAGUGUAAUCCUAUAUUUUCCCGCGCUUUCUCAAGCCAUAUAUACAUAUAGAGAGUUUAUCCCAUUUUCGGAAUUUCAACAACUCGAUAAACUUAAUAUAUUUACCAUCUUAUCGUAUAGGAAAGCCAACUGGAUUAAUAUAGGAUGAAAUCAUCCUUUCACAUUAAGUGCUACUAGCUUUUAAGGAGAAUAUUGAAGUGAAAAUUAAUUGUUACAGAAAUCAAAUGACAUUUUAAAUACAUCUUUAAAUGAAAAAAAAAUACCA